CUGCAUUCCUCUAAUGUGGUCAUCUAAAGACGGACAGCGACUGCACUACUACUAACCACUCAACCUGAUCAAGCCUGUUCACAAGUCAGCACGGAGUAGGAGGAGACAGACACCGUAGUGUAAGAGGUGGAGAGGAGGACCUAUUUUAAAAAUCCGGUUACCAGGAAUAGCAUUCAACAAAAUAAAAGUGGGUCCCUCUCAGAAUUUGAAGGAUUGAGCACCAGAAUUAGAACAUCUCAGCACCAUGGCACUGCUGGACACAGAGUUUGGGGUGAAGGGCAGCAGCAUCAUCAGAGAGUGGAGUGGACAGGUCCAGCCAGCUCUGGUCGCCUCCUUUGUUUUCCUCUUCUGUCUAGAAGCCUGUCUAUGGGUCAGGAAUCUCAGACUCAAGAGAAGGCUGCCAGGACCCUUUGCCUGGCCGGUGGUGGGCAAUGCCAUGCAGCUGGGGCAGAUGCCUCAUAUCACCUUCUCCAAGCUGGCAAAGAAGUACGGCAACGUGUAUCAGAUACGACUGGGCUGCAACAACAUAGUGGUGCUCAAUGGAGACACAGCAAUACAAGAAGCUUUGGUGCAACACAGCACAGAGUUUGCAGGCAGACCCAACUUUGUGUCUUUUCAGUCAGUGUCUGGUGGUAACAGCAUGACAUUCUCUAACUACAGCAAACAGUGGAGGACCCACCGGAAGAUCGCUCAGUCCACCAUUAGAGCUUUCUACUCUGCCAACAGCCAGACCAAAAAAGCAUUUGAACAGCACGUUGUUGCAGAGGCUACUGAGCUCAUUGAAGCUUUCCUCAAACUCAGUGCUGAUGGACAGUUUUUCAACCCUGCUCACGAACUGACAGUAGCUGCUGCAAAUGUAAUCUGUGCACUGUGCUUUGGAAAGCGUUAUGGCCAUGAUGACAUUGAGUUUAGAACCCUUCUGGGCAGCGUGGACAGGUUUGGAGAGACGGUGGGGGCUGGCAGCUUGGUGGAUGUCAUGCCCUGGCUUCAAUAUUUCCCAAAUCCUGUCCGCAGUGUCUACCAGAGCUUCAAAGACCUCAAUAAAGAGUUUUUCACCUUUGUGAGAGACAAGGUGGUGGAGCACAGGGAGACGUUUGACCCUGAAGUGACCCGGGACAUGAGUGAUGCCAUUAUUCAGGUAAUUGACAAGGCAGGCCAUGAUACCGGGUUGACGGAGGCCCACACAGAAGGGACUGUGUCCGAUCUGAUUGGUGCGGGACUGGAUACUGUGUCCACUUGCCUUCAUUGGAUGCUCCUUUUAUUGGCAAAAUACCCCAACAUCCAAACCAGACUGCAGGAGCAGAUUGACAAAGUGGUAGGCCGUGACAGGCUGCCCUGUAUUGAGGACAAAGCCAGCCUGUCUUACCUAGAUGCUGUUAUCUAUGAGACCAUGCGCUAUACCAGCUUUGUACCCCUCACCAUCCCACACUCCACCACCUCAGAUGUCACCAUCGAAGGCUUCCACAUCCCCAAAGACACAGUGGUCUUCAUUAACCAGUGGUCUGUCAACCACAACCCUUUAAAGUGGAAGGACCCACAUCUUUUUGACCCCUUACGGUUCCUCGAUGAAAAUGGUGCCCUUGACAAGGACCUUACCAACAGUGUGUUGAUAUUCUCAGCAGGGAAGAGGCGAUGUAUCGGUGACCAGAUCGCCAAAGUGGAGGUUUUUUUAUUUUCCGCUAUUUUGAUUCACCAAUGCAGCUUUGAGAAUAACCCAAGUCAGGACCUCUCCUUAGACUGCUCCUAUGGGUUAACACUGAAGCCCCUAAACUACAAGAUCUCUGCCAAGCUCAGAGGAGAAUUACUUAAUACGGCAUAAAAUGUUGUGAUUUGUGCUUUCAAACAGAGCACCCACUAAUGGACUGCAGUAAUCCAAUGCACUAUAAAAGGUAUGUACACAACAGUGAAUAGUUUUGCUUGGUAGGUACCAACCAUAUGACUUAUAUUGAUACUUAUGUCGAUACAUUACUAUUAUUAUCAUUAGCUAAACUGAUGGUUGAUUGUAUGAAUCACUUUUUGUGACAGAUAACUGAUUCUUGUUUGUUAAUUGUAUCAUUUUAUUGCACUGGCUGUACAGUUGAAGUCGGAAGUUUACAUACACCUUAGCCAAAUACAUUUAAACUCAGUUUUUCACAAUUCCCGACAUUUAAUCAUAGUAAAAAUACCUUGUCUUAGGCCAGUUAGGAUCACCACUUUAUUUUAAGAAUGUGAAAUGUCAGAAUAAUAGUAGAGAGAAUAAAUUAUUUCAGCUUUAAUUUCUUUCAUCACAUUUUUUUAUAUAUUUUUUUAUUUCACCUUUAUUUAACCAGGUAGGCUUGUUGAGAACACCUUUAUUUAACCAGGUAGGCUUGUUGAGAACACCUUUAUUUAACCAGGUAGGCUUGUUGAGAACACCUUUAUUUAACCAGGUAGGCUUGUUGAGAACAAGUUCCCAGUGGGUCAGAAGUUUACAUGCACGCAAUUAGUAUUUGGGACAUUUCCUUUAAAUUGUUUAACUUGGGUCAAACAUUGUGGGUAGCCUUCCACAAGCUUCCCACAAUAAGUCGGAUGAAUUUUGUCCCAUUGCUCCUGACAGAGCUGGUGUAACUGAGUCAGGUUUGUAGGCCUCCUUGCUCGCACACACGUUUCAGUUCUGCCCACACAUUUUCUGUAGGAUUCAGGUCCGGGCUUUGUGACCACUCCAAUACCUUGACUUUGUUGUCCUUAAGCCAUUUUGCCACAACUUUGGAAGUAUGCUCAGGGUCAUUGUCCAUUUGGCAGACCCAUUUGUGACCAAGCUUUAACUUCCUGACUGAUGUCUUGAGAUGUUGCUUCAAUAUAUCCACAUAAUUUCCCUUCCUCAUGAUGCCAUCUAUUUUGUGAAGUGCACCAGUCCCUCCUGCAGCAAAGGAACCCAACAGCAUUGUGCUGCCACCCCCGUGCUUCACGGUUGGGAUGGUGUUCUUUGGCUUGCCAGCCUCCCCCUUUUUCCUCCAAACAUAACGAUGGUCAUUAUGGCCAAACAUUUCUAUUUUUAUUUCGUCAGACCAAAGGACACUUGUACAAAAAGUAUGAUCUUUUAUGGAGCAGUGGCAUCUUCCUGGCUGAGCGGCCUUUCAGGUUAUGCCGAUAUAGGACUUGUUUUACUGUGGAUAUAGAGACUUUGGUACCUGUUUCCUCCGGCAUCUUCACACGGUCCUUUGCUGUUGUUCUGGUAUUGAUAUGCUCCUUCCUGAGCGGUAUGACGGCUGCGUGGUCCCGCGCAGUAUGACGGCUGCGUGGUCCCAUGCUGUUUAUACUUGCGUACUAUUGUUUGUACAGAUGAACAUGGUACCUUCAGUCAUUUGGAAGUUGCUCCCAAGGAUGAACCAGACUUGUGUAGGUCUACAAUUUUGUUUCUGAGGUCUUGGCUGAUUUCUUUUGAUUUUCCCAUGAUGUCAAGCAAAUAGGCACUGAAUUUAAAGGUAGGCCUUCACAUACAUCCACGGGUACACCUCCAAUUGACUUAAAUGAUGUCAAUUCGCCUAACAGAAGCUUCUAAAGCCAUGACAUCAUUUUCUGGAAUUUUCCAAGCUGUUUAAAGGCACAGUCAACUUAGUGUAUGUAAACUUCUGACCCACUGGAAUUGUGAUACAGUGAAUUAUAAGUGAAAUAAUCUGUCUGUAAACAAUUGUUGGAAAAAUUACUGGUGUCAUGCACAAAGUAGAUGUCUUCACCGACUUGCCAAAACUAUAGUUUGUAAAUAUGAAAUUUGUGGAGUGGUUGAAAAACAAGUUUUAAUGACUCCAACCUAAGUGUUUGUAAACUUCCGAGUUCAACUGUAGCACAUUUCUUACAUUUGAAAAAGAGACCUCAUCCCUCCAGAUUUAUAAAUAUAUAAUGUAGCAAUUCAUGUUACAUAUAUCCCUCCUAAGUGUUUAUAGAAGUUGGGUGUAAACUCCAUCAAAGUAUUAUGCCACAGUAGAAUUCAAUAUAUUAGAUAAAUUAAUAAGAACAUAACCUUGAUAUGUGUGUGCAGAUUUCUACAUAAGUGUUACGUAAGAAUAAAACAUAUAUAUAUAUAUUGCAUGCAGACUAUGUGGCCAAAUUUUAAGUAUCUAUUGUUAUACAUACAAGGGUAUUUAGUUUUGCCACCCUAAUUUUGCUAAUAUAAACUUGUGGAAUUAAUAAUUUUACUGUAAGUGCUUUGUUGUUGCAGUGAUGUGGACAAAUCAUGUGUUAGGCAGGUAUCAUGUUGCCCCUGUAGAUAUAUUUUAAGAAUUAUACCUCCUCUGACCCAUUCUGAUAUGUUUUCAUGGUGUUUUUGUCUGCAUAAGUACCUACUGUAAUAACAAUUAUAAAUGUUCUGAAAUUUCAGUACACUUACAUAAUUCCAUUGUAUUAUGAUGACUUAUACAUGUACUGUAUGCGAUCUAUAGUGCCUGAGCUCCAUGCAAUAAAUCCUAUACGCCUUCUCA